GGCUUUUGGAGCUGCUCAUAGACUGGAGGCACAAGUUCCUGUAUGCAGCCAACUUGCAGCAGAUCUUCACACACGCACAAAAGGAAUACAAGACAACUCUCCAGCAAGAGGAUACUGACAGGAAGCAAGCAGGGGUUACGUGUAGACCUCCUCUCCUCACAUUUAAACACAAGUCACGCCACCUGAAGUGUCAACAAUGGCCUUCAUCCCUCUCCUCACUCUCCUGCUGCUCUCCUGGCUCGGAUCGGCGACCUCUCUCGUCCUGCCUGACUCCAAGGAACUCAGGCAGCUGCUGAGCCGCUACAAGGAAGAAGUGGGUCAGAACGGCAGCAGCAGCAGGAUCAGGCGUGCCAUCCGAUGGUCAGACCGGGAGGAGAUCCUCCAGCUGCACAACAAGCUCAGGGGCUCGGUGUACCCGAGUGCUUCCAACAUGGAGUACAUGGUGUGGGACGAUGAGCUGGAGAGGUCCGCCACUCAUUGGGCUGAGGUGUGCCAGUGGGAUCACGGACCUCAGGACCUGCUCAUGUCCAUCGGACAGAAUUUGGGAGUUCACUGGGGCAGAUACCGCUCCCCCGCCUCGCACAUCCAGGCCUGGUAUGAUGAAGUAAAAGACUACACCUAUCCUUACCCUCACGAGUGCAACCCCUGGUGUCCUGAACGUUGCUCGGGGCCCAUGUGCACCCACUACACGCAGUUGGUUUGGGCCACCACAAGCAGAGUUGGCUGCGCCGUGCACGUGUGUCCAAGGAUGAACGUGUGGGGAGAUAUCUGGGAGAAUGCCGUAUACCUCGUGUGCAACUACUCCCCAAAGGGCAACUGGAUCGGGGAGGCGCCAUACAAGAAUGGACGCCCUUGUUCCCAGUGCCCUCCCAGCUAUGGUGGCGUUUGCAGGGAUAAUUUGUGCUACAAAGAUUCCCAGCGCUCCGAGACGGAGGAUAUGAACGAGGUAGAGAAGCCUCAGGUGCCCGCCGCCGUACCUCGCACCACUGCUAAACCUGCACCCAAACCCAACCCAUCACCUCCGAGGAAACCGGUCUCCAGACCGUCUGAUCCAAGCACCCCGUCCUCAAAGAAUCCUAGUAACACCUACUUGGCUCAGAGCAUUAAAUGUGAGACCAGACUGAGAGACAAGUGCAGAGGAGUAACCUGCAACAGGUAUAAGUGUCCUGCUAAUUGCCUGAAUAGAAAAGGAAAGGUCUGGGGAACGCUGUACUAUGAUGUGCAAUCGAGCAUUUGCCGUGCUGCCAUUCACUCUGGUGCUAUCGACAACAAUGGAGGCAUUGUAGACAUCACAAGGAUGGAGGCAAAGGUACCCUUCUUUGUCAGAGCCACCAAAAAUAGCGUGGAGUCUUUCAGUAAAUAUAAACCAGGAAAUGCAUUUACGCUGGUCAAAGUACAAGAAGCAAAUGCAGAUUGCUACACCACAGUGGCGGAGAUCUGCCCAUUCACAAAGCCUCUGUCACACUGUCCAAGGGUCCUCUGUCCUUCUGACUGCAAGAGUCAGCCCUCUUAUUGGUCACCAGUCAUUGGCAACAACAUCUACACAGACAACUCCAGUAUUUGUAAGGCAGCCAUCCAUGCUGGGGUCAUCCCACCAGACGGGGGCUUUGUGGACGUGCUGCCGCUGGACAAAAGAAAGAAUUAUGUUGGUGUGUUGAAAAAUGGUAUCCAGUCUGAAAGCAAAAGUAACACAGAUGGAGGCUCCUUCCGUGUCUUUGCUGUGAGGGAAUGAGACGUCCGUCAAGAUGAUGUUCUAAAGUCACCUCAGCUGCUCACGAGGAGCAGGGCGUGCUCAUAGGUUUGAUACCACGGCCAUUCAUGUGCCUUCAGUGGAAGCAUUCAUUGACUCUAAAUACAUCUUAAAUUAUAGGAUUAUGCAUAUAUAGAAUAUCCUUAGAAAUACUUCAUGUGUGAAUGAGGUUGUAAAUUAUGAUUAACUGAACAGCUGGUGCUGGGUCUAUGUAUUGUUUUUGGAGUUAUGUUUACAUUGAAGUUUGUUAUUUCAUUCUUUUAUACGCAGGAAUGUAUACUGAUCACACUUUAUUUAAUCAGCGUGUACAUACUAUAUGAUGUUUUGUUUUUAUUUUAAAAGGAAUAGCAUAUAUGUUGUCUUUUCUUGCUCUGUUGGAUACUCUAUAUUUGCCUAUCUUUGAUGAUUUCCGAUUGUAACAUCAAAUGAAAGUACUUUCAUGUUAAAAUGAAGGAUGUGUACGUAUGUUUUAUAGAAUUUCAGCACAUGAUGUACUGAAGGUGUUGUAAUGUGGAGUCCAGUAGUACAAGCUGCUAAUGGGACUUGAAUGUUGGCAAAUUUGUGGUUACAUUUCAUGGCAAUAAGUCACUUUUGCUUCUACUUCUCCUUUCUACAUUUCCCAAUUCAUGGCAUGAAAAAUCGCAAUUUUACCUCCGCUUCCCCACGCAAGACAGAUGAAUGUGCCACAAAAGCAUUUUAUAUGUCACGAUUAGACCAUCAUUUGAAUGAUUCUAUUAUUUACUGCAAUGUUUAUGUGAUAAUCUCCUUAUUGAAGUCUUAAAAGACCACAAACCAUUCUUAUCCUUAUUAUCAGAAAAUCGCUAGAUCCACUAAGAGAAGCAUAAUUCCUCAUUCUACCUCAGUCCUAUCGCUAUGCCUUCAGGUCUUUAACAUGUAGCAGUUGCAAUAGCAAGUAUGAUGGCGUUUGUAAAGUUAUAGGUGGUGUUAAUAAUAUAUAUUUUGGCCUUUUAUGCAGCAAGGUCAUGGUUAGAAUGUGUGACUGUGUUUGAAGUCUCUUGUUGCUUUUAUACAGGCAUUGUAUAUAUGAUUUCUAUAUAUAUUUUUUGCACAAUUUGAAAAUAAAAUGGAAAU